CACCGCAACAUAAUCACUGCCACUGAGUUUUCCAACGUAAGCCUGCAUUGCUCAGUAUUGCCUUCGAUACUCUGUUGGGGUGGUCCUGUAGAUGUCAAGUUAUCAUGGCACUAUAUUUCUAAAAACAAGACCCUCCAAAACAGCACGAAGUAUACAAUAAGGCAGCACCAUAUAAAGAACGAGUGUAAAGGACGUCUGGAAUCUGAGUUUUCUCUUGACAUUAUCAACGUGACACAUGAAGAUGAUGGAAUCUACAUCUGUCAGAUGUUUUGUCCCGGUGAUUCCGAAAAAGGCGCCAUUGAGCUGAGAACUGUUGCACAUGCGCAGUCCAACGGUACCAUAGGUAACAUAUUCAGUGAGCUGAAACAACCCCUCCUCGUGGUUAAGGGAGCUUAAGCAACGGCGCCGGCGACGGCAUCGAAAACGGCAAAAAAGCAAUAGGUUUAUCAACUUUGCACGUGUGUCACAGUUAUUUUGUAUAUUUCUUUGCCCUCGUUGCACGAUUACAACAUGAAAGUGCCUAAUUUCAGGUUUUGUCGAGGCCGGGAACACAAGACCACAACUUUCUCUUUUUUUUUUUUCUGAACUUUGAUAAAGUCCUUUAGAAUUCAACUCCAAAAACCUUUGCCAACAUUUGACGAAUGAAACAAGAUGGAAAAAGGGUGAUAAAGUUUAAGGGAGCGCGAAUUCACUAUUUAAGAGACGGCAUGUUCGUAACCGUCGCCUUCCUUGUUGCUUAUGCUCCCUACUACCCUGAGAAACAGCCGACAUUUUGCGACGCCACCACUGUCACUACCCGACUGGGUAGUGCUUCUGAUUCGUCGUGCCGCGCGGGAAAUUUUCAGAAGCACUGCCCAGAUCUGCGUAGUUACACGUCAUCAGUAUGGAAUUUCUACGCUCGUUUCUCAGACGUCAUUUCGCGGGGAAAACAGUGGUGGUGUCGCGAAAUGACCGCUUUUUUUCAGGCCCGUUUGUCGCAAGUCUCGGUAACUUUUCGGGCCCGAGGUCAUUUUUAAUAUUUUUAAAUCAAAUCCUAAAGAAUGUCAUUGCGGAUACUAUGACCCCCUAACUGGUCAGUCCGUUUUGUUUUGUUUUUUAACUGUUAACUUUAUUGUAUCCUUUUGACGACAACCAAAACCUCGAUACUGAACUUAAACACGGCAUUCGUAAAAUGCAGUGGCGGAUACAGACGUUUAGAUAUGGGGGGUGGAGGCGGUCAUAAAGACCCUGAGAAAAAGGGAGGGGCCCAGUCUCAAAGAAAAAAUUUGGGCCCUUCGGGCCUUAGUCUGGUCUAAAAAUAAGGCGGGGGGCGGGGGGGAGGGGGGCGCGCCUGUCCCCUGGAUCCGCCAGUGAAAUAGCCUUCCGGGGUCGGUUAUUACCGCAACUUUCAGUCAGACCUAGCCUGAAUUGGUAGGCAUGGAAUGGCAAUCCGAGAGAUGAUUAUUGGAGUCAUUUUACUUAACCAGUAAAGCUUGCUCGCAGGCUACGUAACAAGUGAAACAGAUACUAAAAACUAAUGUCAAAUAGCUACAAGUAAACAAAAGAAGACGAUGGAAUUAGUGCAUAAUAGUGGGUAUUAGUCUACCAUCUAUUUCACGGUUCAAGUAAAGUCACUCUAUCUUGGGAGGAGGCCUUUCGUUUUCGAUAUUUAUCUUUCGCUCCAUGUCUUAGUUAACAAUUAAUGAAUGAGGCUGGGUAUCUUAUGAAGAAUUCGGAUGGAUAUCAAGGAAGGUGUUAUCCGUCGAGGUCGUAGGCCAGGGCUGAUAACACCCUCCGAGAUCUCCAUGAUUCUUCAUAUAAUACGAAAGCCGAACUCCAUGAUUGUUUUAUUAUUCAUUCAAAAUAAUUCCUAGUUUAAAAACAUAGCUAAAACAAGCUUGCCUCCAUCGGUGUUAAGUUCAUCUUCGAUAGUGCUCCUUUAGGGUUGUUCAGCUCCGCAAAUAUUUUCCAAAUAGCAGAUGUCGCCCUUCGAGUUGUCUUCUUGCUGUUCUUGCAUUGUUUUUACUAUUACUUCGCUUAGUUCUUACCCUUGAAACGAAUGAAAUGUGAGCCAUUUUUGUUUUCACAACCAAAACAACUCAACUUCGUCCCCAGGUCUUCUCGGUUAAAGUGCAUUAACCUGCAAGGAAGCUGCUCUUUUGACGUCAUCGGUUGAUUAAUCGCAAAAUUUUUCCAAAUUUGAUCAUCAGUAACUGGUUAUGGUGAAUUAUGCUUGUGCUUUUAGUCAAUCAAAUCGGGGAAAUAUUUUGAAUGAAUAAUAAUUAUAAUUAUUUCACAACUUAAACCGAUAAUGAAAAUUCUGAAGAAGAAUGCAGAAAGAAGAACUGUUUGAAUUUCUAUCAAAAGUGACGCGCCAGAAAAGAGGGUUAAAAGUCAGUUUAAUAUCAUCUUUUAAGUUUUAGACUACUUCAAUUCAGUUUGAAGUUCUAAUUAAUUUUAACUUCCACGCAACUAGAAGUAGUGCUUGAUAACUAGCGUAAACGUCUGGCUUUCAUUUGAUAAAUUAGAUGUUUUAAUUGGCAGAGAAAGACAAAGAGGAAUCAACUCUUCACACGAUAUUAAUGAAAGAAGAAGAAGCUACCUCAAGUCGUAAGUAUAAAAAAUUAUACUAUUAUUAAUUUUAGAAUCGAGCCAUGUUUUGAUAGGGGCUAGCUUGAGAAACAGCCGACGUUUCGCGACGUCACGACAAAUCAUGUCUGAGAAACGAGCGCAGAAAUUCUAUACUGAUGACGCGUCACUUAACCUAAAUCUAGGUUAAGUGGUUAAGUGCUUCUUAGUGAUUGGUCGUGCCGCGUGGGAAAUUUGAUUCAGCCAAUCAAAGCAGUACAGCUAGUAUGUGGUCCUUGGUCCGGCCGAGGCCCCUGGUCCGGCCGGUUUACUUUGUGAUGAAAUUUUCGGGAAGAAAAUAAGGUGAAAAUACAAACGAAACUUUUCGAGUGUUUAUUGAUCUGUUUGCUUUCUUAAGCUCGAUUCGAGGUUUUCCUGAUGUUAGGAAAGGCUGGAAAGUCAAGUUAAUGCGAACGUAGGUGAAUUUUGUUCUUUAAUUAAUUUUUGUCUUUUUUAUGGCGCCUUAAAUUACUUGGAUAUAGUUUUAGUGUACGUGGUGUACAAGAAAUGUUUUUUCGAAUUGCAAACAAAUUCGGUUUACAGCUACAACGGGUUGAAUUUUAAAACCAAAGUUUUAAAUAACAUUCCAAAGUAAAUUUUGCGUACUAGGUCCUUGGUCCGGUCACCGGACCAUAACAUAAACCAGCCAAAUAGUGACUGAAAAGGGAGAGCCUCAGAAAGUUCAGUUUUCGUUUCGUUUGUUCUUAGAAAAUCAAGAUUUAUUGAGUGAAGUGAGGAUCUUUCAACUUUGAGUCACAUUUUAAGUAAAGCACUUUCAAGGAGUGGCGUAAACAAUAAAAACGGCAUGAAGUGUUCAAGUUAAAUAUAUUGCCCGAGACUUUCCCAGUAGCACUGCACUUUAUUAAAUAAGUACUGAUCAAGAAGGCCAUUAAAAAGAAGCUUUAAUAUAUCCGUCCGACUGGUUUCAUUAGGGAGCUUUGGCAAAGUCAAAAAAAAUUCAAGCAAUGGGUUUUAACAAGCAAAACAUUACUCUGCACGGACUGCACGUGUAUGAUGACGCACGCUUUUCGGUCGGAUUUCUUGCUGUUGCUGCACGAAAUUUCCCGGUGGGGAGUUUUUUUCUUAACAAGCGACGACAAAGUAAAUUUUUCUUUCCCUCUAAACUUUGUUUGAAUUUAUUUAAAAUAGUGGUAAUUUCGCUGCCGUCGCAUCGUAACUGCACGACACACUUUCGCACAGAUGCGAAACCAUUAAUUCUUCAUGAGACCAAACUAUAGCUCUUUUACACAGAAAUCUCAUUUUCUUUUCAAAGUUUAAAAAUAUUUUAGAUCUUGGUGUACCCAGCCGGACCAGGGGCCUUCAAACAGAUUUUCUAUCGUGCAGGAUUUCCAGCAAAGUGAUGGGUCAUUAGUAAAAUGUUACAGCAACUUACAGGACAAAUUUCAGCUCACUAACAAAACUGCUCCUCUUCGAAAUACUCAUUUACGUCCUUUUCGUCCGGACCAACCAGAUCUAGGUAGUGAUGGGUCAUCAGUAUUGAAUUUCUGCGCUCGUUCUAGGACGUUUUUUUUGCGGGGAACCAGUGGUGACGUCGCGUAAUGUCUCCUGUUUUCGCAGGCACAUAAAUGCAGGACAGACCACUCAACAGCCUCAUCGGAAACCCACCAAGCUGGAAAAUCUAUUUUUUUAAUUUUACAAAUGUAACCACUGCUAACCUUUAUUAUGCUGCGAGCGCUAAGAACACUACGUGAGAAACUCUACAAACCCUACUGAACUGCAGAAAUUAAAAUGAGAUAAACCAGGAAUUUAAGAAAAUGCUUUUGACCCCGGUGAGAUUUGAAUUCAAAACUCUGCAUUACCCACAAGGCUAAUGGGGAGCAGGUCGUGAGAAUUUAGGUAUUUUUGGAAAACAUAUAGUGCAGACUUCUUAAGAUUGCUUAUUCAAAGUAGAGAAGGACAAUAUAGCGAUAACAGCUUUCAGGGGCACCCAAUGUCAAUUUUCGGAAAAUAUCUGUUCGGAAGACGGAAGAUUGUCAUGGGCAAAAAAAAGAACAGAAGGAAGGAUUCUAAUGAACAAUCAACAAUUCAAGCAAAAAAAAUAAUAACGAAAGCAUUGUUGCGAAAUAAAUUUGAGGGAUGACCCAGUGCCCUUGGAAUCUUACCUUAAUUUCGUCUCCUUGGCGCAGACCUACCAGCUUAUUUCCGUAGCCGAUAUCAAUCCCAAACAGACUUAAAGACAAACUUUUUAACUUUCUUAUUACAAAUAUAAACAAGUACCAUGGUAUCAUUUGAUACUAAAGUAAUGUUCAAAGACAUUUCAUUUGAACUGGCAAAGUUCAGAGAUCUUUCAUAAAUUCAAAACGAUGUCGUCCUCCCGUAGAAUACAAAUAAUCUGACGGUAUUGUUCUCCAAAGCAGGAGCAGCGCCCACAAAAAUCAUGUCGAGGUAGAUACUUGCACUGGUUAUGCUCGUUGAUUGGAAAGCAAAUUCUUGUAAUUUAAUGAUUGCAUUAAUGCACCAAAAGGAAACCAAUAAAAAUGGGGCGGAUAUCAAUUGUUAUCUUGCUGAUUGCGGUGGCGCAAUUCUAACAAUAAUGGUAAGUUGGGGGGGCCGGGAAUCCCUUCCUAUUUCAGCAUGGUAUUUUAUAUCUAACAAAGUGUGAUUAUCCUCAGUUGUCUGGUGUUUAUAAAGGGCGGAGACCCGCCAACUGAGGGUCCAUCAAAUCAUACUGUAUAUAAAUGAAGGCCAAUAGGACUAAGGGACACCUUGGUGUUGCGGGGUUUUGCCAGAACACGAGCGAACUUGGCUUUGGAGAUCCCUCAGCAGAGUGAAUUAACGACAGUUAACAUUCUCGAAGGAAGGAAACAUGAUGAAACAAGUAUACCUGGAAGAAAAUUUUAGGCUCUAUUCCCCGAAUUAUUUGCUGCUUUGCUUUUUGUCAUGCCUCGUUAUCGCAAGUAAGUUAGAUGUGUUCAUUUUGUGGGGUUUUCUUUCAGUCAGUUUGGUCCAAAGCCUUAUCCCUUCUCUUAAAUGUUUGGAAGCUACAAAAAUAAUUGCUAUCACCAAACUUUUAUUUGUAAUUUGUAAUAUCUAAACUGGUCAGCACCUGUCGUUAUAAGAUUAAUUUGCAGGAAUCACGAAUUCACAAAGGAAAAAAAUCUACUUGGCCCGAAAGACACCAUUAUGAAGUGGAUGCAUGACCUGUCAAAAUCUGUGAACAAAAAAAUGAUUAAAAUAUAAGUAACAGAUCAGGGGCACCCAACGACAAUUUUUGGAAAAUAUCUGUUCGGAAGACGAUUUGAGAUAUAGAAUUUUCGGAACAUUUGUUGUUAAAUUUCAUGCUUGCCCGCCUCUCCUAGGAUUUUCGAACCCCCCCAAAAUGAUAUGAUUGCCCAUUUUUAACGGAUUUUUACCCCUAAAACGGUCACAUAGAAUUUCCGGGAACCUUUUUUCUGGCUGAAAUUUUCGAAAAGGUAAGUUUUGAUCCCUAUGAUUUUCGGAUCAUUAGCCUUCAGCUAGGAAAUCCGAACAGAUGAAAAAUUUUUAGGGGAUAAAAAGAUGCCUAUAUCUACUGUUCAAAUACUAAAAUACGUUUAACAAUGCUAUGUUUAAGUGGUUUUGAACUAUAUUCUCGUUGGGUGCCCCUGAGCUUUUAGUAUACAUGUAUCCACGAAAACGUACAGUGUUUUUCUCUUGCUCUGAUUGGAUUCAUAAACUAACUCGGGAUACCCAGUGUUAGUAAAAUCCAACUAGUGGUCUCCCAUCAAGGAAUAAUCGCUGACUAUUCACUUCGGAGCGGCGCCAAAAUCGCGUAGCCACGAGCAGAAUGGCUUCCCGACGAAAUUUCACAAAUAAUCGAAGAAGCCGUUUUGCGAAAAACACGAGGAAGGCGACGAAAUUUGCUUUGGAAGUUUUCGGCAGGUUAAUCUUUUGGGUUUAACUUAAAUCUAUAGAUGCGGUGAAAAAAGGUUUUUUGUUUACAAACGCAAAUUAUAGUCUUCGUUACUUUAUGUAGCUGACAUGUUCAUAAAUAAGCCUAAAACUAAGUUUAAUGUUUUUUACAGCUUAGUUAGAGCAUCGCACCGGUAUUGCGAGGUCACGGGUUCAAAUCCCGUUGAAGUCCCGAAUUUAUUUUUUCAGGUUUCUUACGCGAUUGUAUAAAUUGCGUUCACAACUGCGAGGAACAUUCUUCAUUUGAUUUCAUUUCCGCAGUUCAUAUAUAUGAUUUAUUUCAUAUAAAUUCGUCACAUUGAUCUCUUUCACGGGAACAUAUGAACACACGGACCAGCUUCGGCCAGCAAAAACACAGGAACGGGUUGAGUUGUACCAUUUACAAAAUAGCGGUAAAUUUUUCGCUUUCUCUCGACUUGGAGCCUGGCACUAGUAAUCCAAACAAAUGGAUUAACAAAUUAACAAAUUUUUCCGGAAUUUUUCCACCGGGAUGAACCGUUCUAUUGAAUUCUCCCCAGAGUUUCUGGGUUUUCCAUACAAAUGGUAAGCGCUCGCGAAGUCACGGAUUCAAAUCCUGUUGAAGUCCCGAAUUUAAUUUUCGGGCUUCUUACGCGAUUGCAUAAAUUGCGUUCAAAACUGCCAGGAUCAUUCUUCAUUUGAUUUCAUUUCCGCAGUUCAUAUAUAUGAUUUAUUUCAAUUAUAAUAAACUAUUUCAAGACUUCAGAGGUAGUCAAUCGUUUUAUUACUGCAGCUCUGUUUCGUAUGGCCAAAACACUCGAUUGACCGUUAAAUUACAAUAACCGGCAAAAAAAGCGGAAAUAUGGUUGCUAUGAGAUAUAAGAACAACUUUAUUUUAUCAUAUAAAUCAUGGCAGAAAUAAAUGAGUUAAAAUCAUCAUUUUUGAUCUACGUUAAUCUCAUUUUUGUUUUAGUGUAUGCUAUUUAAAAAUUUAAAUAACCACAGAGUCGAUGAUCCAGUGGUGAAUAUUUACCGACCGAGCCGAGAAACCACUAGCCUCCCACGCGGGCGUUUUUAGGGGAUCUCGUUUUUCAUCCCUUCCCACAAACACCUGCUCAACCGAAAACGGCAUUCCUUUCCCAUUGUUUUAUUUGCGUGGUAAGUGACCAAUCAACAGUUGUGCAAUAAAGUGUUUACAGGCUAAACGCGACUAAAACGUGACCUUAGAGUUACCGUUUCCUUUGUGGGGAGGGAUGAAAAACGAGCUCCCCUAAAAACGCCUGUGUGGGAGGCUACGAAACCACUAGUCACCUCCACUUCGGUGAAUAAUUUUUAAAUAUAUAGAUUUAGCCAGGGCUAAAAGCGAAGCUCUCGAUAAUAUUUAUAGUUCGCUCAACAAAUUAUAAAAUCGUGUAAUGCUUAGCGGCGAAGGCAAUGCCGGAGAACGCUGAAAAACAAAACAAUUGGUCUUAUUAGCAAAAAAGCAACUUUGCACUUGCAGCACACUUUAUUGCACAUUUCUUUGCCGUUGUUUAGCACGACUAGGGCCGCACGACUACAACGUGAAACUUCCAGAAACUUCUUUGGAGGAAAUGUUCUUGUUCACUUUUUUUCACUACCGCUCAUUUUCACCUUGCAUUUGAUUGGUGGCCGCUAGCAUUUCUCAUUUUGUCACGGCCGCUACAAGAUUUUCAUGUACGUUGUUCUUCCAGCAUAAAAUGUCUCCUUUGUUUUUUAUCUCUCGCUCAAGAUCUCUGUCGCCCUUUUUCACGUUGAGCUUCCCUGGCCUUCUGCCUUCUUUCUCUUUUUCUCUGUCUUUCUCUUGCUCUAUAUUCCAGAUUUGUGGACAUGACAAUUAAUCUAAACUUAAUACUUUAGACAACACGGAUAUAGAAACAAUUUCCGCUUUCCGUUUUCGUCUUUAUUGACUCUUUAUUUGUCUCUGCUUUACAAGAUGCCGGUGCCAUGCGAUUUCCCGCCAAAAUAACGUCGAGUUGCAUUUGGGUUGCCAUACCUGUUGAUUGAUUUAUUUUAAAUUGGUAUAUGCCUGUGGUGCGGACGGUCGGUCGGUCAGUCGGGCGGGCGGGCGGGCGUACGGUCACGUGAUAACCAAUUACUUCAUGGUGCUCCACUGCGCUUCGCUCGCGAGAGCUCCGCUAUCAUUCGAUACGAAUUUUACUCCCUUUCAUUGGCCAGAAGCUCAACACGUAACCUGCUAAUAACAGCCUGCAUAUAAUGGUCUGCUCAUGCUCAAUGUUAUCGCAAAAUACGUGAUUUGUCAGUGUCUCGUAGAUCAAUUGUUUGCCGAAGCCGAAGGCUGAGGCAAACAAUUGAUCUGCUCGCCACUGACAAAUCACGAUAUUUUGGUCAACCUCGUCCAAUAAUUGUUAAUUAUUUGCAUAGAGAACGAGUAUGUCUAGCAUUAUAACAUUACUUAAAGGAGUAACCGGAUUGGGCAGAUUGAUAUAGUUCAUGGCAUACAAUUAAGGGGCACCCAACGACGGUUUCCUCCUAAAUACAUUGAAAACACUUUCUAGGCAGAGUACUUUUAGAUCUAAGCGACGCUAUCAAAUUUGUAUCUGUUGGGUUAUCCUAGGGUACUUGAAUUUACUCGAAAUUACAAGGGCUUCGGUAUUAUUUUCCGGACAUAUUAGCUGAAGUUUAACGUACUAAGAAAGUGAGAAUUUCUCUGAUUCGUCUUUCCAUCACAUUUUUGAAUCCGAAAAUUAUAGGUUUUCUUUUUUCUACGAAAAAGCCUAACCUGAGGAGUGUAAGGUGAAAAAUUACACCUCAGAAGAUCGUAGGGAAUUUAUUAGAAAAGCUUCGAUAAUUGUACAUGAAUGGAACUGUCAUCUGGGAAUUUUUAGCUUUCCUCAACUUACAGAAAAUUCUAGGCAAUAAUCAGCUUCUCCGAAAAUAUAUUUUACAGAAAACAGUCGUUUGGUGCCCCUGACAAUUUAAAUACGAGCUUGCACUAAUCUGAGAGUGCACGGCCAUCCAGUAAUUCGUGCUUAAAAACCCCUUUCUCAUACUUGUACUUGUCGUCGAUGCUGGCUUCUAUUAGAGACCUUUAGAUUUUAAUACAAGGACGCCGACUAAGAGAACGAGAUUUUCCCAUUACCAACUGAGUAGUGCGCACGCGUGUACCAGCGUCUUUUUCGCGGGAAAAUGUGAUAGCUGUCGCCAUUCUAUUACGAGUUUUAGGGAGCAUGUCGUAGUGCUGGAGAGUGGUGAGUGGAGUUACCAAAUUUCAGAAAUUUUAUCAGUGUGCGCUUGAGAGAGGGCUUAACCCCCUUCAAUAGAAAAAAGUGUACUAACUUUUCUGGUGGAAAAGUACAAUGAAUCUUUUUGGGGUGAAUACUUUGAGAGACUACGGGAACAAACUUGAAGUUAAAUCUCGUCUUCGAAUCUAAGGUUUCUAUAUUCAGGCAGAUUUGAGCAAAGACAAUGCAACGUCAAAUGAGGAAGCGCGCAAACCCGACUAAGCCCGACUUCCGGCGCUCAAUAUGCCGCUCGCUAACCUUCAUGCUAACCGCUCCGAACCCGUUGCUAAUCUGUGGAUGAGCAAUUUCCCUUUGACCUUGAAAUUAUUACACGUAUAGGCUAAGUCAACAAUUGAAUGAGUAACCCAAGUAGGCAAACGUAUGGUUUUGCUCCCAAGAAAAGAUGCAUUGUUCUGUUAGUCGUAUGCAUACGCAUGGUGAAAGACGGAAGAGCAAGCUGUGAGAUCGGUCCUGCAUGCAAAUCGCAGCAUAAGGCAUAGAGAACGAAAAAUAUAGCUGCAUUUUUAUCCUUAAAUCACUACCGCUUUUUUCCACAUUGGGCAGAAAACAACGUCUGUAGUAGUUCUUGGCAACUUAUGCUUCUCAUGAGGAAUUUGGCACGCAAGUCUGUUAAAAAUUUCAAAAAUUAACUCCCCAUGAAAAAAACCACACUUAACUGAUCAUAGACAGUUCCCGCAAAAUAGAAGAACAAUCACCCAUCUGCAAAAUUAGAUAAACUCCCACAAAAAAAAAUAGUACCGCUUUGUGCGUCCCAUCAUCGUUCUGUUAUCACUUAUUUUGUUCAAAUUACAGGUGGAAAAGCUGUGGGCGUUGUGAAGUAUUGGAUUGUUGCCUGUGUAGCACUCUCUGUCUUUGCUGUCUUUCUGGCGUUGUUUUGCGCACUGAAAAAAAGAAAACGGUCAAGAAAAGGGCGUUACAAUUGUAAGUUCAUUUAACUUGCGCAUGCUCUGUCGAAUUCUUCAAUUGAAUGCAAAUUAACGGGGCAGUCUGGUUACCCUGGGUACCAGAGCUUUUUCUUAUCGCAUGCGACGAGAUGCCUCAGUGUCGGCAGCAAGCCGACAAUCCGCUUGACCGAGACCGGGAACCGCGCAUGAAAAGUCUCUGGCACCCAAGGUACAGUCUGGUCGUUUUUUGGGAAAAUGGGAUUGGAUUUCAGUAAUGAUUCAAUUGAGAAUGAAAACAUUACAUUAACCAGUUAGUCGGCUAUUGAGCUCAGGGGUACCUUGUUAUGGUGGUAGACAAUAUGAUGUUUGACUACAAAUUAUUCACUUUAUACAUUUUUUAAAAAAUUUCAACAAUCCCAAAUCCAACAUUUUCCACUCUCAGGCCCAAUGAUGGGCUCCUAUCCCCGCCCCAAAUAAUUUUUAUUCAUUUAAAACAUUCCAAAAAUCAUCCCGAAAAAUUUUCAAACAUUUAUUGUAAAAUAGACUCUGGCCCUUUUGAGUCAUUUUUAAUUGAAUGAAAGUGUGACUUGAUUUGGAAGAAAAAGGACGGAAAUAGACGAAAACCAAGGCUUUUAACUAGACUGUCCUCUUAAGGUUUAAUCAGGCUAAAUUUGCUGUGUGAGGUUAAUUGCGAGGGAAGGAAGGGAAAAGCGCACUGAAAACACCUAAAGCACAAGAAAUGAAUUCCCUUUUCCUUCCCGAUCUCCACUCUCCCUUCGCCUCUCUUCCUUCCUUUUCUCAUUCAGUCCUACUAUCGACCACGCAAACUAAUAGGCAAAAACAAAAAAAGCUAUAGAAUUCAAAGUGGAAACAAUUCGAUUCGACUUUGAAGUUAAGAAAUAAUAAACAACUGACGGAAACACAAACCGUUCUAGAAUCUGUAAUAUGGAACCCAACCAGUAAUAAAGUGUUUGAAUGCAGACUGAAUUCCUUGAGAAUGCAAUAAAAAAAAUCAGUACGUAUGAUAUUUUAAUGUUACUUUUCAUCAAUACAGGUAAUCACCAAGAAGAAAUCGUGAGCGACAAGCUUUUCAUCAGUUACAGCUCAAAGGAUUUUGCCUGGGUAACUAAUAAUCUGAUUACUAUCCUUGAGAAACAUUCCAUCUCUUACACCAUCCAUUUCAGAGAUUUUGAGCUAGGAAAGCCUUUUAUCCAAAACAUGGCGGACACCGUCUACGGCAGUCGACAAGUGCUGAUCGUUUUGUCAGACAACUACCUCGCCAGCAACUUCUGCCGAGAAGAGCUGCACAUGGCCGUCGAGAAAAGGGUUUACACGGGGGACUCUUCGCUGAUAAUUGUGUUGAUUAACAAGCUAAAGAAAAAGCGAUUGCCGUUCCUUUUGAGAAACAAAAAUGUGUUGCAAUUUGACGAACAAAUGCAGAAACAGCACUGGGAAAAAAAGCUGAUCGGGAAGAUUCAAGAGAAACCCAUUUCUGCUUAA